AAGAAGAAACUCUGGAGCGCCUUCCAAUUAAAAACUCUAUUGAGAUUCAAAUCCGUGAUCUACACAAUGGAAAACAAUGAUGGAAUCUACCAAUCUCGCCAAGAAACGUCUUGCCCCAUUCCCAAAUCCGAAACAGAUGAUAAUGAUCACCACAGCAAAAUCCUUAUCUAUUCUUACAAAUUUCCACAUUCAUAUCCAACGUUCGAUUAUAUGAUUGGUCGAAUAGUGGGUUAUUGCAACGGUUUAGUCUGCAUCUACGAUCUUGGGCAUAUAUUUCUGAUUAACGUCCCUGCAACAAGAAAACUCCGAACUCUUUCUCCUGAGCUUUCGAGAGAGUAUACGGGCCAAGCAGGUUGGUCGGGUCAAUUGCCAUUUGGCGUGGGAUUCGGAAGAGACAUUGUUACACGAACAUACAAACUAAUCUUGAUGUACUCAGUCGAUCACAUUGUCAUGGAAGAAGUCUUUAACCUCAACGAUGGUCGAUGGCGAAAGAAGACAAAUCUAUUCCCUUAUUUUUUACAAUCAACUUAG